UGAGGAGAAGCAUCCUCCGGAGGAGACACACGACCACAGGACUCUGAGCCGCGGGACGCAGCGGAUGUUCGAGUCCCUGCGCAGCUGAAAGUGGAUUUGUUCCCCGCGUCCAAAGUGCCUUCCUCCCUCCGCCGACAUGCCCCGAGGGUUCCUGGUGAAGAGGAACCGGAGAACCAACCCGGUGUCGUACCGGGUUCGGUCUGACGAGGAGGACGCAGAGCCGGCGGCUGCACACGCGCCUCCAUCGCUGCCUCCGUCCUCCUCCUCCUGCGCGUCGGUCUUCUCCGUCCCGGUGCGCGCACGGACGCCGACGCCCACCUGCGGGGCGGCGGCCACAGCCCCGGAGCAUGGCGCUAGACCGGUUCAGUUCGGGAACCCGGAGGCGGUGUACCAGCCGCUGUACAGCCCCACCCGCCCGGUCAGCCAGGAGCACGAGCGCUCCUACUUCCAGAGUCGCUUCCACCUCGGAUCUCCGGUGUCCGCGGAGUCGUUCCCCACCCCGGCCAUGGAUCACCUCUUCGCCCCGGUGGACCUGAAGAUCGGGUCCAGCAACAGCAGCCGAAUCGGCACCAGCAGCUCCAACACAGGGACUCACCACACCGUGACGCAUCCCACCGCCUCCUCCACCGGGACCCACCCCACCGCCUCCUCCACCGGGACCCACCCCACCGCCUCCUCCACCCGGACGCACCCCGCCGCCGGGACCAAGCGACCGUCCAGCGACACCGAGCGCAAAAGCAAACCUGCGUCCAAGAAAACCAAAGCCUUCCGGAAACUGCACUUUGAGGAUGAUGUCACCACGUCUCCGGUUCUCGGGCUCAGGAUCAAAGAGGCUCCGGUGGACCAGAAGCCUCUCAGACCUCCGCCCGCCGGAGGAGACCACCCCCCGCUGGGAGAGUUCGUGUGCCAGCUGUGCCGGGAGGCGUACGCGGACCCGUUCGCUCUGGCGCAGCACAAGUGCUCCCGGAUCAUCCGGGUCGAGUACCGGUGUCCGGAGUGCGACAAGGUGUUCAGCUGCCCGGCCAACCUGGCCUCGCACCGGCGCUGGCACAAACCGAAACAGCAGAGCCCAGCGGAGGGCGACAAGGUCCCCGCGUCCGGUAAACCAGCACCGGAGGAGGCGAAGGACUCGAGUGACAGGGACACCCCCAGCCCCGGGCCGUCCGAGUCCGGCUCCGAGGAGGGACUGUACGACUGCCUCCACUGCGGGAAGAAGUUCAAACGUCAGGCGUACCUGCGGAAACACGUGGCGUCGCAGCACGGAGCCAAGCCGGCGGAGGAGGAGGGGGACCCGGCCUGCGAGCCGAGCGCAGCGCCGCUGAACCUGAGCUCCUCCAGCGGCCACAUGUGUCCGGUGUGCGGGGAGAGCUUCAGCAGCCGCGGCGCGCAGGAGCGACACAUCCGCCUGCUGCACUCCUCACACGUGUACUCGUGCAAAUACUGCCCCGCCAUCUUCUACAGCUCCCCGGGACUCACCAGGCACAUCAACAAGUGCCACCCGUCCGAGAACCGGCAGGUGAUCCUGCUGCAGGUGCCGCUGCGCCCGGCCUGCUGAUCCGGGACCUGGGAGCUGGACCUGGGAGCUGGACCCACACGCAUCCAGGACUCCAGCACUCUGAGAAGUGUCACGUGUGGACUUCAGUCUUUCAAAUCAUCAGGUUUCUAAACUUUUAACACUGAAGUUUCAUGUGUUUUCAAUUGUUUUGGGACGUUAGUAAAAAAACAACAAAAAAGCUCAAAUCGUUAAAUAAUCAUAAAGUGGAAUUUUGUUAUUCCCGUCGUUAUUGAGGAGAAAUUAAAGUUUAUCUUUUGCAGUGUAACUCCUGCAGCAAACAGAAAAGUCCACAAGGUCAGAGGUCGGCUGCUCACCUGCAGCGAGCAGGAGUUCAGUGCCUUGCUCAAGAACACAUCAGCAGGUACUGGGUGUGUGUUCGACCCCCCCUCCCCAUAACCCACCACCUUAAAGGAUCUUUCAAAUCACACACAUUAAAAAACCUAAAUCGUUAGACUGUUGAUUUAUUUUUCUAGCAUCUCUGCACAAGUGCUAUUAGCUUGUAGACCUAAGAGAGGGGCCGGCCGGUGGAGCCACCUCCUCUCAUCACUGAGUAGCUUUAACCUAGAGCUCGUGGAUCUGUGGAUCUGUAGCUGUCGCCUGAAAACACAACAAGAUGAACCUAGCGUAGCCGUGAAUGCCUUGGAUUAGAGACUCCUGCUGUAAAACUGCCUUAAACCCGUCUGACUGUGGCACUGGUUGAUUAUCAUGUGGUUCUCCUGUAUCUCCACGACGCAGACUAUCCAACUCCUUUGUUCUCUAUUUAUUUAUGUAUUUAUUAAAUUAUUUGUGUAAAUUAUUGCUCUGUGUCGUCAGACCUGUGCUGUGUUUUUUCCAUGACGUCUUAUUUUAACUUAUAUUGAAACGUGUGAGGACGGCGUGUGUUCAAGUGACAUUAUAGCAAUCAGCCGCUCUUGAAUAAUAACUGAAUGCAAUCAUGAUUUUUAUUUAAGUUCUUGUUUUUGUUCUGCUUUUCUUUGUCGCCCGUAGCUCUUACACUGCUUUGGAUGUUUCUGCAGUAUUUUUGCUAAAUGUCCAAAAAAGAAUAAAAAACCAAACUGAGAAACAA